AUGUCUUUUAAUUCGAAGCAGCAAAAGAACCAAAAAUUUGGCCAUCUGCCUCUUUCAACAUCUGGCGCUCAAGAGACAACAUUGACUCCUACUGAUCAAAUCCAGGGCAAUGCACUGUUACGAACACCGUACUUCAACAAGGGCUCAGCCUUCACCAAAGAAGAGCGCGAUACCUUCAAACUACACGGCCUGCUGCCCACCAACAUUCAGACGCUCGACGAACAAGUAAAGCGGGCAUACGCCCAAUACAGCUCGCGCCCGAACGACCUCGCCAAAAACACUUUCAUGACCAGCUUGAAAGAGCAAAAUGAAGUGCUCUACUACAGACUGACCCCGUGGAAGCUCAUACUCGACCACUUGAAGGAAAUGUUCUCCGUCAUCUACACCCCAACCGAGGGUGACGCGAUAGCCAACUACUCGAGGCUCUUCCGAAGACCCGAAGGCUGCUUCCUGAAUAUUGGCGACGCAGACCGCGUCGACGACGAUAUCAACCAGUGGGGCAAUGCUGAAGACAUAGACUUGAUAGUCGUGAGCGACGGAGAACAGAUUCUAGGUAUCGGCGAUCAAGGAGUAGGCGCCAUCUUGAUCAGUGUGGCAAAGCUGGUCAUAUACACACUACAUCCAUAUCUUGCUAAGAGAAGACAGAACAAGGAUCUACUUGAAGACGAUCUCUACCUCGGCCAGCGGCGGCAAAGAGUACGAGGCGAAGAGUACGACAAGUUUAUCGACAAAUUCGUGUCAGCGUGCAGGAAGCGCUAUCCCAAGGCAUACAUACACUUUGAAGACUUCGGCCUGAACAACGCGCGUAGAAUCCUCGACAAAUACACGCCUCAGAUCGCAUGCUUCAAUGACGAUGUCCAAGGAACGGGAUGCGUGACACUGGCAGCUAUCAUGGCCGCCUUCAAGGUGAGCGGCACCAAAUGGGAGGAUGCUCGCUUCGUUAUGUUUGGCUCGGGCUCUGCCGGUACUGGUAUUGCAGAUCAGAUCAAAGACGCUAUCGCACAAAAUACCGGCAAAUCAACCACAGAAGCAGGACAGCAAAUAUGGUGCGUUGACAAGCCCGGCCUCUUACUCCAGGGCAAGAAGGACCAACUCACCCCUGCACAAGCACCGUACGCACGAAAUGACAAGGAGUGGGAGGGGAAAGAGCAUCAAGAUCUUCUCUCGGUAGUCAAGGGAGUGAAGCCCCAUGUUCUAAUUGGCACAUCAACCAAGCCUGGCGCAUUUUCCGAGGACGUUGUUCGAGAAAUGUCGAAGCAUGUCGAGCGUCCAAUCAUCUUCCCGCUAUCUAACCCGACUCGACUACAUGAAGCAAAGCCGCAGGACUUGUACGACUGGACCGACGGUAAAGUGCUAGUCGCUACUGGCUCCCCGUUCCCACCUGUCAAGCACAAUGGCAAAGAGUACGAUAUCUCUGAAUGCAACAACUCGGUAACAUUCCCUGUCAUCGGCCUCGGCGCCGUCCUUAGUCGUACACGCCUCAUGACAUCCGCAAUGCUCGUUGCUGCCGUUCAGGCACUCGCCUCUGCCGCACCUGUUCUCAACGACACCGGUGCUGGCUUACUCCCUGACGUGGAAGAUGUGCGCGAAAUCAGCGUUAAAAUCGCCAGAAACGUCAUCAAGAAAGCUGUCGAGGACGGGUUGGCGCAAGAGAAGGGUAUUCCAGACAACGACACCGACUUGGAAGAAUGGAUUCGUGAGCAAAUGUGGACAGCUGAGUAUCGCCCGCUGAAAUUAGUUGAACAUAAAGAUGCGGACGCGCAUGCGAGAGGUGAGGCAGGUGUUGCGUCUGGUCAGAGAGCUGCAAGGUUUGAGUAUUGA